AUCCAGCGCUUCCAUCCUCUUGCAUGCCUACAUUCUUGAAAUCUACAACUCAACUACAUGUGCCACUCCACCACCGUCGUCUACUAACCCAGCAGGUCUCCGCCACACAGCCUCGGUCCAUAAAUGCAAUAGCCUACUCCUCAUAUCCUCUUCUCUCAUCUCCUUCAUUCUUUACCUCCAUCCUUUACCUCGUCAGUGGCCGACUCAUCCAACAGCCACAAUGGCAAUUGCAUUGGCGGAGGCAGACAAGUAUGAGGUGCUAGAGAAGAUUGGUUGCGGUUCCUUCGGGAUUAUUCGCAAAGUUCGACGAAAGGCAGAUGGCUUCGUAAGAUUGGGAACCCCUUUUGCAUCACGAAGUCAUGCUUAUGACCAUGAUCAUAUAGAUAUUAUGUCGGAAGGAAAUCAACUACAUCAAGAUGUCCCAGAAGGAAAGAGAGCAACUCACAGCCGAGUUCAAUAUCCUGAGCUCCCUCCGACACCCGAACAUCGUCGCCUACUACCAUCGUGAACACCUCAAGGCUAGCCAGGACUUGUAUCUCUACAUGGAGUACUGCGGUGGUGGCGACUUGAGCAUGGUCAUCAAGAAUCUGAAGAAGACGAACAAAUACGCCGAAGAGGAGUUCGUCUGGCGCAUCUUGUCACAGUUGGUGACAGCUUUGUACCGUUGUCACUAUGGUGCGGAUGCGGUUGAUGUUGGGUCAAACAUACUUGGACCUGCACCCAAGGCAUCUGGGCUCAAAGGGAAACAAGCACAGAUGACCAUCCUUCACCGUGACCUCAAGCCCGAGAAUAUCUUCCUCGGCAGCGACAACACCGUCAAACUCGGCGACUUCGGCCUCUCGAAACUGAUGAACUCCCACGAUUUCGCCUCGACUUAUGUUGGUACUCCAUUCUACAUGUCCCCCGAGAUAUGCGCAGCGGAGAAGUACACCUUGCGCUCCGACAUCUGGGCCGUCGGCUGCAUCAUGUACGAACUUUGUCAGCGGGAGCCGCCCUUCAAUGCUAGGACCCAUAUUCAACUCGUGCAAAGAAUUCGCGAAGGGAAAUUCGCUCCUUUGCCCGACUUCUAUUCGCCUGAGCUCAAGAAUGUCAUCGCAAACUGCCUGCGUGUUAACCCGGACCACCGUCCGGAUACUGCUGCUUUGAUCAACUUGCCUAUCAUUCGCUUGAUGCGCAAGGAGAAGGAGGUUACCGACCUGACCAAGUCUCUUCGCAAGCGUGAAGAAAACACCUUGGCCAAGGCUCGUGAUGUCGAGCAAGCGUACGCGAAGCUCGAAAAGGAGAAGCAGCUAAUGAAAACCGAGAUUGAGAACACCGUGCGCCGCGAGUGGGAGGUGAAAGCCAGACUGGAAAUUGAUCGCCAGGUGCAGAAUGAGCUAGAGAAGCUCCGCAAGAGAUUUGAGUAUGAGGUCCAGGACCGGGUUGCGCUGGAGCUUGAGAAGCAAAAACGAAGUGCCAACCUCCGGGAGGACUCUGGUUCACGGUCAAGCAGCGAUGACUCUCGGCUCUCAAUGAGCAACGACGACACUGAUCAGCCUUCCAGCACCGACAUCAGUCAGCUGUCACUAGAAUCACCUGCAGCAAGCAAGGCGCCACGGAAGGAUGCCACCCGAACCCCCUUCAACCGUUCGAAAACCGUGGUCGAGUCGCCUAUGGAUGUUCAGAUGGCCGAGCCCUCCCCGAUUUCGAUUGCAUCACUUUCGCUGUCCCCUCGUCGUACCUCGGGGACUCAUUCCGGAAAGAACAUCUUCGCGGAGGCAGAAAAACACCGGUCAAAGUGGGAGCCGACCCUGGCUUACUCCGACGACGAAGAUGACAUCCCUGACUUGCCUUCCCCCACUCGCCCCAAGGUCAAGCCCGACCCCUUCAAGGCGCCGCCUAGGCCACUUCUCCGCCAGAACACGGCUGCCUUCAUGCAAAAACUGAGCACCCAACCCCCGAUCUUCCCCACCAACGGAUCGAGACUGCCCCAGAUGUCAGUGGGUGAUCAUCCGAGGGAUGCCAAGUCUCGUUCGCCUCACCGACGUUUGUCCAAGAUCCAGUCAUCAGCAAACCUGGCUGCCGACGCUGGCUCGCCCACCCGCAAGACAGGCAUCAAGCAGCUCGCCUCGAAGGCAAACGGCGGUGGAGAGGAAAUGUACAAGGCUGUGAUGCAACGCAAUAUGGGUGGUCGGACCUUGGUCGAGUUAGCACAGGCGCGUGCCGGUGGCCGUCCUAUUGACGAGGUCAAGCGGUGUUCCAGUGACUCUCGUACAAGUUUGAAACAGACCGAGCGAGAACCUCCAGCGGUGUGGGAUCCCGAGAGAGACGAUAUGCCCAGUCCCUUCUUGGCCCGCGGCAGAAAGGUUAUCCGCAACCUGAGGUAACCCAGACCAUCCUCCUCUCCUGUCUGACCUUUGUAUCAUGCCACUAUCCCUCAUACACCCCGCGGCUGCGGGCAUCUUUCGCUGGUUGAUCCGCGGAAGUAGCUGCAGCAGGCUUUUGGGUACUUCCGAUUGACGACUCAACAUAUCUAUUAAUAGUCGAAACAUAUUUUGGAGUUACGGCUGGGUGGUUCGAUUUUAAGACCAACGUUGGCCAUGCCAGUCAUGGGACUUGGAUGCAUUUUAUUGCGCCGCAUCGUCGUUAA